AAAAAAGUAAUACAAUUUAGACAUAGGUGUGAGAUGAUGGGCACAUGGGCCCCCAGAGCUGCGGGAGUUUCCGCUACACCAGGCAGGUAGCACCCAGUCAGAGGGGACCCUUUUUCCAGAAGUAGCCAGCCAGCCAGGCCCCCAGACAGAGUCUCAGCAUGGAGAACCAGGACGAGUCCAGCAAGUUGAACGGGAGCUCCUCGCACCCCGGCGAAACCGCAGCCGUGGCCCCCGAGCAGGCUAAAGAGAGCAUGCAGAUGAAGAAGGAGAUCUCCCUGCUCAACGGAAUCAGCCUCAUCGUGGGCAACAUGAUUGGCUCAGGCAUCUUUGUGUCUCCCAAGGGCGUGCUCAUGUACAGCGCCUCCUACGGCCUGUCGCUGGUCAUCUGGGCCAUCGGUGGAAUAUUCUCAGUGGUCGGCGCUCUGUGUUACGCAGAGCUGGGCACCACCAUCACCAAGUCCGGGGCCAGCUAUGCCUAUAUCCUGGAGUCCUUUGGUCCAUUCAUUGCCUUUAUUCGCCUGUGGACAUCACUGCUCAUCAUUGAGCCCACCAGUCAGGCGGUCAUCGCCAUAACGUUCGCUAACUACCUGGUGCAGCCGCUCUUCCCCACGUGUGAGCCACCCUACUCAGCCUCGCGCCUCAUCGCAGCCGCCUGCAUAUGUUUGCUGACGUUCAUCAACUCGGCCUACGUGAAGUGGGGCACCAGGGUGCAGGAUGUCUUCACUUACGCCAAAGUUCUCGCCCUCAUCGUCAUCAUCAUCACAGGCAUAGUGAAACUAUGCCAAGGAUACACCAUGAACUUUGAGGCGUCGUUCCAGGGCUCUUCUACAGACCCUGGAGACAUUGCCUUGGCCCUGUACUCUGCCCUGUUCUCCUACUCAGGCUGGGACACACUCAACUUUGUUACCGAGGAGAUCAAGGACCCAGAGAGGAACCUGCCCCUGUCCAUUGCCAUCUCCAUGCCCAUCGUCACAAUCAUAUAUAUCAUGACUAACGUGGCUUACUACGCCGUGCUGGACAUGAGUGCUAUCCUCGCCAGUGAUGCCGUGGCUGUGACGUUUGCAGACCACACUCUGGGAGUGAUGAGCUGGACCAUCCCCAUCGCUGUGGCUCUGUCCUGUUAUGGAGGGCUAAACGCAUCUAUUAUCGCUGCAUCCAGGCUGUUCUUCGUGGGUGCUCGUGAAGGUCACCUCCCGGACGCCUUAUCAAUGAUUCAUGCGGAGAGGUAUACCCCUGUCCCUGCUCUACUCUUCAACUGUGCCAUGGCCUUGGUAUACCUGACUGUGGAGGAUAUCUUCCAGCUGAUCAACUACUACAGCUUCAGCUACUGGUUCUUUAUGGGUCUGUCUAUCGCCGGGCAGAUCUACCUGCGCUGGAAGGAACCAGACAGACCCAGACCACUCAAGUUGACCCUGUUGUACCCCAUCAUCUUCUGUUGUUGCACUGUGUUCCUCGUGGCAGUGCCACUGUACAGUGACACCAUCAAUUCUCUCAUUGGCAUCGCCAUUGCCCUCUCCGGAGUGCCGGUCUACUUCCUGGGCAUCCACCUGCCCGAGUCCAAACGCCCACCCUACAUUACCAAGUUACUACGUUCUUUCACACGCUUUACCCAGCUCACCUGUUUCUGUGUGCUCACCGAGAUGGACAUCAAUGAGUAAACCCUCACUCCCAACCACGACAUAAAGUUCUCACCAUGUUACCCACCACCCUUUGCAAUUCACAAACAGACACAUGGGACCAACUCAUGGAAAUUCACCUCUUUUGCAAAAACAAGGGAAUAUUUCAACAUUUUACUUCCAGUGACCUGACUACUACAUUAGUCUGUAGUUUACAAGCUGGGACACAAUCCACACGUUUACACGCACAGACAGGUAUCGAGAGGUGACAGCGUGGGACUCUUUUGACUGCCAUCAGCCUGGUGCCUGAUGGUUCAUGUGAAGUUAAGCAUUGGGCAAGGACAGAUCCCAAGGAAAGCCAUGGUCAUCUGGCCAGUACUCUGGGACAUCCUCUCCUCCUCCUGUCAUUAUCCUACUCAUAGUUUCACUUCUCCCAAUCUCCUGACAUCAUCAUCCCCUGCCUGGUGUAUGAGCUGAGGGGGUGAGAUCCACAUCAGGGCCUAUAGAGGUGGUCCCUCCCUUCUCAGCGGCUGAAAAUCCAUGUAAGAUGGCAAUACUGCUCUUAUCGGGUUCUGGAAUUACCUAGAGAGGUUGGACAAGACUACUUUUGUUUUAUGAUCUCAAAGGGUAUAGGUAUACACUUUCAUUUUUAGUCUUAUAAUAUGCUGUGCCUGUCAAAUUCAUAUACACUGAGUGUACAAAACAUCAGGAACACCUGCUCUAUCCAUGACAUACUGUAGACUGACCUGGUGGAUCCAGGUGAAAGCUAUGAUCCCUUAUUGAUGUCACUUGUUAAAUCCACUUGAACCUGUCUCCUCCCCUUC